AUGUUCCAACCUACCGCUGUUCUGCUCGCGGCUGUUGCCCUUUUCAUUCCCAGCGCUUUAGCUGGCGAGGGAGUGCAUCUUGCCAACUGUGGCCCCAAUGUCGGCUCGCCAGAAACCAGUGUCAUCGUCUACUACCCAGAUGACUCUCAGUCCAACACCGAGCCACUUUCACAGAAUAUUGCCUUUGCCACCAACCCUGAGCGCGUGGUGACCUGGGAGGGAAACUCUUAUACUGCCAGCUUCGCAACUGGAAACACCUUUACAACUCAUAUCGGAGCUGGAAGCUUCAGCUUUGGCCAGUAUGCGGGAAGUGGAAACAACCAGCAGAGGUCGUUUGCUUGCUUCAGAGACAACAACAGGCAGCUUUGGCGAGCAUCAGAUGCUUACGCUUGCUUCAGUAUCUACUACUGCCUCGACGCAUAA